CCCCUCUGCUUCUUCUCCCCCACGGCCCUUUCGUCGGUUCUGUUACUCACUCUCACCUCGUUUCUACGUCGGUCUCGGACAAUGGAGCCGGUCCUGCCAGCCCUACCGUAUCCUGUCUAAUGCGUGUCUGGUCUUUGUCCCCCAGCCCAGCGACCAAUGCACGAGGAUAUCCGAGAUGGGUAAUCUUGGUGACCUAUCGCCCCAGGGGAGUGUCGCGGUUGGGGUGAUUGUCGGGUUGAUCUCGACCAGUCUCCAAGCUAUCGGACUGACCCUCCAACGCAAGUCGCAUAUCCUCGAGGACGAGAAACACCCCUACGAUUUACGCCGACCACCCUACAAACGCCGGAGAUGGCAGUUGGGCAUGCUGAUGUUCGUCGUUGCGAACAUCGUCGGCAGUACCAUCCAGAUAACUACCCUCCCGCUCCCGGUGCUUUCUACCCUGCAAGCUUCCGGCCUCGUUUUUAACACCAUAUUCGCAACUUUGAUCCUGGGUGAAGCCUUCACCAGAUACUCUCUCGUCGGUACUGUCUUGGUCUGCGUCGGCGCGUUAUUGAUAGCAGUCUUCGGCGCCGUGGGGGAGCCAGCGCACAGCCUCGAUCAACUUUUAGAACUGCUCCAGCGUCGAAAUUUUGUUCUUUGGAUGGCAGGGACGGCCGUACUGGUGCUGGUCAUCUAUCUCGGGUCCAGGCUGCUCAAGUUCCUGGUCUCACCGUCCCGCUCGAAAUAUACCAGCUCACGCGGUCCAUAUAAGCCGCAUUUGCAAUUAUCCCAUGGACGUAUUCGACUUAUUCGGGGUCUAUCAUAUGGCAUGAUCAGUGGAAUUUUGUCGGCCCAUUCUCUCCUUCUCGCCAAAUCAGCUGUGGAGCUCCUCGUUCGCACGGUCGUGGAUCGCGUCAAUCAAUUCAACCGAUGGCAGUCCUGGGUCAUCCUUCUCGCAAUGAUCGCGCUUGCUCUCUCCCAGCUUUUCUAUCUACACCGAGGCUUAAAGCUGUGCAGCACCAGUGUCCUAUACCCCUUCGUCUUCUGCAUCUACAAUAUUAUAGCCAUCAUAGAUGGCUUAAUAUACUUCCAACAGAUGUCCCAGCUGGCAGGUUUCCAUGCUGGGCUGAUAUCAUUGGGAACGAUUGUCCUACUGGCUGGAGUCCUCUGCCUGUCUUGGCGGCUAGAGGUUGUCGACAGCCAUGCGGCUGUGACUGUCGGCGGGCCCUCCCAAACCGGGCUGGGCCCUGGAAUGGCAGUUGUCGAGGAACAUCCGACCUCUCCGAUUGAUCUAAGAUUUGAGGGCCAGGAAGAUCCGGAGCGUGAGCCUCUGUUGCGCAGUGCUCCUCCUCGAAGGAGCCCUCAUAAAAGAGCACCCAGUCUGCCUCUCCUGCAAUCCGACUCCACCACGGAUCUAGAUUCAGCUUCUAUCUGGGCUGAGCUCGAUGACUCGGAUUACGAUUAUGCUGCAACUACCUUGCAUUCCCCACGACGUACUCGUACAUUUGGAGACCCGCUCUCAAUCCAACCAAGAAACAGGAGCGGUGGUACCACCUUAAGGGACAAGCUCCUGCGUGGACCGCGUCGCUCCAGCACCAUCCCAGUCAAUCAAAGCACCUGGAAUCCGCGAAGAGCACCCUACGCUGUACCCCCCGAGCGUCGUAAACAACGGAGAACAUCGGCCCCUGCUCCUGAAAAUCGCAGUCUCCUUCCCAAACGAUCGAAUACAACUGGAUACGGCACCCAGGAAGAUCGCACCGAUGCUCUAGUCUCAGGGAAUCGUCGUCGCGAAUCCUUCACCGACCCAGAUCCCUCCGGCGGGUAUUCAAAUCUCCUCGCAGGUCCGAGGAGCACCCUCCGCGGAGCCUGGCGAAGCAGUCUCCGAUACCUUGCCCAAUGGACCGGCAGCCAAGGAAGACGCACAAGCUCAUCCAACCCAGUUUCCGACCUCGAAGCCAGUCCCAACGGACACACAGAAUGAAAGCAUCUAUUCCUGCGCCACCAUACCCAUACCCCGGCCCAGCCAUACCCACUAGACCCACCCACCCCAUACACUGGCAACCACACCAUGGAUAACCCCUUUCCUUUCAACCAAUGUACAAUAACUUCAUACUACCUAUUUAUCUAUACACACAUACAUCG